AUGAGUAAUUCAAAAAACUUGGGUGGAUCCUCAUCUCAAGCUCCAGGGAGGCAUGGAGGAGCUCCUCAUUAUUCGUUCAAUUCUCAUAUGUCUUUAACCACCAACGAUGUGUCAAUGAAUGCCAUCAACAAACAUUCUGUAAUGGAAACCGUCUUUCUUAAAAUCCCUAAUGGAUUUGAUGUGAUAAGUUGUGUGGUGCAAUUUGCACAGCAUUUUGGGGUUUCUGUAACUGUGCUUACUGGCCAAGGACUCAUUUCUGAUGUUGUUGUGUAUCCACGAGGUGUAAUCCGUCCGCCAUACGUUUCUACGAUGAUUUCUUUUUCUGGGACUUACAGUUGUUUGAAUGCUGCUUCUAGAGACAUUAUUAGUUGUUUUCAUGUUCAAUUUGCAGAUGCAGCAGGUAAUGUUAUUGGAGGACGGAUUCACUCUCAGAUGAAAGCCGCAAGUAUUAUUACGCUUGUUCUUGCCGUUUCUACACAAGUCUGA